AUGGAGGUAUCUGGAAAGAAACGUGACCCUGACUUUGACAGGGGCUCCACAGACACAACUGUCUACUGUCAGCCGUGUAAAGAGGAGGGCAAACGCGCUAUAGCACAGGAAUUCUGUCAGACCUGCGAGGAGUACAUGUGUGAUCCCUGUAUCAAGGCCCAUAAGAAAUUCAAGAUGUCCAGGAACCACAUUAUGUUGUCAAAAUACACGAUGCCGUCUUUCUAUCCAUCCACCAAGCAGUCUGACAUCGGCGACACGGAAUAUUGUAAAAACCAUCCAAAGGAGAUAAUCAAGUUUUACUGCCCGACCCAUGGCGACCUUGGCUGUGCUGACUGUGUCGUACUUAACCAUCGCAGCUGUAAAGUCGAUUACAUCGCUGACGUGGCUGAAGAUUUUGUCAUUGGAAAUGAUUUCAAAGAGCUGGAACCAUCGAUCAAACGAGCUGAAGAUCUUCUAUCUGGGUCUAUAAGUAAUGUCAAUGAGCUUUUGGACAAGGUUGAAAAACAGUCUGAGUACGAGAUCGCCAGAUUAAGGAAGUUCCGGGAAGAAAUCAACACCUUCCUGGACCGCCGCGAGAAGGAGUUGCUCGAUAACAUCCGGAAAAUGAAGACCGAUGAUAAAAGCGUGCUGACUGCAGUAAAGACUGACUGUGAGUCGUCGAAAUCGGGACUUGAGGCCAUAAGGACGGAUCUGUCUUCCGGCGACAUCUCGAUGAGCCAGCGGUAUGUAGCGGCGAGGAGAGCCCAGAGGACCAUACGGGAUAUACUGGAGAAGAAGGAGCAGAUGACUGGUCUGAUAAAGGCCCGGAAGUAUCAGUUUGUUAAUGACCCGGACACGGAACGUCUUCUUAGAUCGAGCAUGGGCCUGGGAACACUGGACGUUGCAGGAGAGUUUGUUCCAGUUCCUGACCUCUCUACGGUGACAUGGAAGAGCGGGGCGGAUAUCAACGUUAAAACGACUCAAGACCAGGAAACCUCCUGGAUCAGCGGCUCCGCCCUACUCUCGUCUGGUCUCUUACUCCUGGCUGACUGGAAUAACAAUAAUGCCAAACUUGUAAACGUCCCCGCCCGCACGGUCACGUCCCGCCUCCAGCUACCAGGCCAGCCCUGGGACGUGUGUGUGCUCCAUGAUGACCAGGCCGCCGUCACUCUCCCGAAUAAAAGCAUGAUUCAGCUGAUGUCUACAAAGCGAGGACAGCUGUCGUGUGGAAAGGAAAUUAAAGUAUCACCCGACUGUCGUGGUAUUGCGUUCUACAACAGCAGAUUAUACGUUUCUUACCCACCAAACUCGCGUAUUGAAAUGAUGACAUUGGAUGGUCAUAUUAUAAGUACAUUCCAAACAGAUGAUGGAAGACAACUUUUCCAAGCACCAUAUUACCUAACUGUGUCAGCUUUAACACAACCGACCCUGUACGUGUCUGACCUCACUGCUCACACCGUUCUCCAGCUGUCCCUGGACGGGAAUGUCCUGUAUGAGUACCGGGACGAGCAGUUCAUCUGCCCCCAGUCAGUAGUAGAGGUAGGGCCAGGUCAAUUUCUCAUGUGUGGAGGGGGCUCCCACAACGUGAUGCUGCUGACGGAGAAGGACGGCAAUAUGACAGAAGUACUGAGACAAAAGGACGGCCUGAACAAGCCGUACUCCGUGAACUUCUGUCCUCACACACGUACCAUUGUUGUCGGGAUGUACGAUAAUAACUCAAUGAAGGUGCGCUCCGACGUAACGGGAAUUUUCGGGACCGCUCCGGCGUAACGCCUCCGGAUCCAACCGGUCGGGAGUGGUCAGCCGAGCAAACGACUUUAAACCGCCAAAGUCCAUAUGUUUAUGCUUUACAUAACCCGCAUCAUUUGACGAGUUUAUCUGUUUAAUUCAUUCACUGAAUAUCAUUCUAUAACCUCCUAUAAACAACAAAAUCAAAACUUUUCAAUAGUAUUAUUUUGGAAGUUUCAGUGAAGCACUUGGGAAACCGAUGACCACGUACAGAAUGAACUUGCAACAUAAGCAAAGUAUGUCUAGAUAACAACAUGCUUGACAAAAAAUGGAGCUUACAGACGUGGUCGACUUGCCGAGGAAAAACUGAGAUUAUAAGUAUCUUCCAUGGCCGAGAGUGUAAGAUAUGUUCAUUCCGACCCGAAGGUAGGGUGUUUUGCGGAAACGAGGUUUACCGAGCAAGGACAAAUUAAGCAAGGAAAGACUGAUUGUAAACAGUACGGUUUAUGGUUACGAUGACCAGACGAUAUAUUUGAUCGGCCGUGCACGUGGUAGACCGGGAACAGAAUCGCAUGAACCUCUUCACAUUUAUCAAUUGUUGCAAUAUAGUGCCAUUCAUAAGAAUAUCGAUAGGUUAGAUAAAUAAAAAAUAUGAAAACAAAUUAACAAUGAAUAAAUUAUGCAAAUGUUUUCCCCAUUUUUACCAAA